CAUUCCAUCUUCGGAGCAGGGGGAGGAGGGGUCUCACUCUGUUUGUGGACCCCCCCUCCACCACACCCUACUCCACACUCCUCAUCUACUUAGACCUUAGCCACCUGCCACCCCCUGUCAGAGAGCACCUUUAUAUUGUGCUACUGAGUAGGGGGUGAGGAGCGGGUUUAUCAGGAGUUUCAAGAAGAAGUCGUCUGAAACCCAACAGAAUGGGGUCAAGGGUUGGAGAGUAUGUGUCUAGAACCAAGAUUGGGGCAUACUUCCACUCCGCCAGGGAGUCUAGAAAACUGGUUUUGAUUAUUGUUGCAAUCGCUCUUCUUCUGGAUAAUAUGCUACUAACAACCGUAGUUCCGAUAAUACCUGGAUUUCUUUAUGAUAUUCGGCACCGACAUCAAACACCUGCUCCAACAAUUACAACUCCUGAUUGGAAUGAAUAUCCGUAUAAUGAAACCAACUACAACUACACCCUCCCUACUACCCUUAGUCCGGACGAAAUGAAACAUCGAGAACUUCUGGAGGAAAAUGUUGAAACUGGAUUUAUGUUUGCUUCUAAGGCAGUAGUUCAGUUGAUAACAAAUCCAUUCGUCGGACCUCUAACUCAUAGGAUUGGGUACAGUAUACCAAUGUUUUGUGGUUUCGUCAUCAUGUUUGUUUCAACAGUCAUUUUCGCGUUUGGACGAAGUUACAGUGUUCUGUUUAUAGCUCGAGCUCUCCAGGGAAUUGGAAGCUCAUGCUCAUCAGUCUCAGGGAUGGGGAUGUUGGCUGAAAGGUAUCCAGAUGACAAGGAGCGAGGGAAUGCUAUGGGUGUAGCUCUUGGAGGACUUGCUCUAGGUGUACUCAUAGGUCCUCCAUUCGGUGGAUUUAUGUACGAAUUCUUCGGUAAAACGGAACCUUUCCUAAUCCUGGCCUGUCUUGCUCCAGCUGACGGAUGUCUCCAGCUUCUAAUCCUGCAGCCUGGAGUAAACAAAAUGGAGGAGGAGAAUGCCCCCAGUCUCAAGGAAUUAAUAUCGGACCCGUAUAUUCUGAUAGCAGCUGGUGCAAUCACCUUCGCUAAUAUGGGAAUAGCAAUGCUAGAACCUGCUCUACCCAUCCACAUGAUGGAUGUGAUGAAGAGUGCUAAUUUACAGCAAGGAUUAGCUUUCCUACCAGCCAGCAUCUCUUACGCGAUAGGAACUAAUCUUUUUGGACCUUUGGGACACAGGAUGGGAAGGUGGAAAGCGUCUCUGAUAGGAAUUGCUAUUAUUGGAUUUGCACUCAUGUUGGUUCCUCAUGCUACCAAUAUUCACCAUCUAAUUCUACCAAUGGCAGCUCUGGGCUUUGCGAUAGGUAUGGUUGACAGUUCUAUGAUGCCGGAGUUGGGUAAUCUGGUGGAUAUCAGGCAUACUGCAGUCUAUGGAGGGGUUUAUGCUAUAGGAGAUAUAGCUUUUUGUCUAGGGUUUGCUAUAGGUAUUAUUUUAUUUUAGGAUAUUUAUGGCAUU